GCCACGUCGACAGCUCUGCGUCGACAUCUAUCUGCACACGCGCCCAGCUCCCCAGUUGCUUUUUGUGCGGAGUUAACCCACUAAAUUCGCGACGCAGGGGUCCAGAACUAUUAUUUGACUGGAACAAAAUCGAAGAUUUGGUUCGUCUGUCUUCAAGUGGUCUUUUUGCGUGCCGAAGCUUCGCAGCCUAGUUGGCUUAGCUUAGCUUAGCUUGUGAACACAGAACAACGUAGUUCGACGCUUGAAAAUAUAUUGGAGCCUCCUAAAUUGUGCGAAAUGCGCGCAAGAAGGACGCCAGCCGCAAAGUUCGAGGCGGAACUUUGUGACGCAAAAGAUCAGCGACAUCUUCAACUCUCGACUGCUUGCAAAAUGCAAGUAAAAGUUGUUCUUCGCAGACUACCAGAUUUCAGAAAACAUCUAGGUGCUGAGGGGCAGGAACAAGAAUCUCCUGGCGUUAAAGACUAUGUUGCGCUCCCCCAUACCAAAAAGAAGGAGCCAGGGCCCUGUCCACAGGAGGAGGGAAAAGAGCAACAAGCUAAAGAGGAGGAAGGUAUCACCAGGUCAACUGGUGAGCCCUUGAAAAGUGAAGAUAGCCCGGGUCAGGCCAGCAGAGGGGCAGAGCGGCCAAGCGGCAGCAGCAGCUCAACAGAAGGUUUGCAAGAAGACAUUUUCAUCGCACCAUCAGAUAGAAAUGGCGCCACGUCACACUCCCCUUACAAAGAUGGUGGUCAGAAGAAAUCUCACCGUGACGACAAACUCUGCAAAUGCUCUCAGUGUGGGAAAACCUUUGCCACUAAGUAUACUUGUCUUAGGCAUAUGAGGAUCCACACUGGUGAAAAACCUUUUUCCUGCUCAGUUUGUGAUCAAAGAUUCACUGAGAAGAGCACCUUACAAUCACACGAAAGAACCCACACGGGAGAAAAACCUUUCUCCUGCUUAGUUUGUGGUCAGAAAUACGCUCAAAAGAAACACUUGAAAGUACACACAAGAACCCACACCGGAGAAAAACCUUUUUCCUGCUCAGUUUGUGGUCAAAGAUUCAGUCUCAAGAAUGGCUUACAAAUACACGAAAGAACACACACGGGAGAAAAACCUUUUUCCUGCUUGGUUUGUGGUCGAAGAUUCGCUCAAAAGCAACACUUGAAAAGACACACAGGAACCCACGCGCGAGAAAAACCUUUUUCCUGCUCAGUUUGUGGAAAAUGUUUUGUGAAGUCUUCUGACUUAACAACACACACAAAAACCCACUCUGGUGAAAAACCUUUUUCCUGCUCAGUUUGUGGUCAAGGAUUCUCUCAAAAACAAAAUGUAAAAAUUCACGAAAGAACCCACACCGGAGAAAAACCAUUUUCCUGCUCAGUUUGUGGUCAAAGAUUCGCUCAAACGACAUACUUAAAAAUGCACACAAGAACCCACACCGGAGAAAAACCUUUUUCCUGCUCAGUUUGUGGUCAAAGAUUUGCUCUAAAGCAAUACUUGGUAAUACACACAAGAGCCCACACCGGAGAAAAACCUUUUUCCUGCUCGGUUUGUGGUCAGAGAUUCAGUAAAAAGAACACCUUACAAAUGCACGAAAGAACCCACACCGGAGAAAAACCUUUUUCCUGCUCAGUUUGUGGUCAAAGAUACGUUAAUAAGCAACACUUGAACAUACACACAAGAACCCACACCGGAGAAAAAACUUUUCCCUGCUCAGUUUGUAGCCAAAGAUUCAGUGCUAAGAGCUACUUAAAAAUACAUACAAGAACCCACACUGGAGAAAAACCUUUUCCCUGCUCAGUUUGUGGUCAGAGAUUCGGUAUGAAGAGCACCUUACAAAUACACGGAAGAAUCCACACCGGAGAAAAACCGUAUUCCUGCUCAGUUUGUGGUCAAAGAUUCAGUCAACGGGGUGCCUUAAAAGUGCACAUAAGAACCCAUACUGGUGAAAAACCUUUUUCCUGCACAGUUUGUGGUCGAGGAUUUACGCGGAAGAAUCGGAUGAAGAACCAUGUGUGUAUGGGUGAGAGAAGCAGUGGCCAAUGACUGUUUUACCUGUUAUCCAUGCUGGCUUCAUCAGAUUCUGCAUGCAGGACGAUUGUGUUCUGUAGAGCUUCCUCAAAUACUGUUGAGGAUUGCUGUUUUUGGUGCAUUAUGUGUGCUUUGUCCUAUCCUUGUUUGAUGCUCAUCCACACAAUAUUACAGUAUUUUAGAUUUCAUUUGUCAUUUCAUAUACACUUUUAGGUGUCAAAGCUUAAACAUACCAAUGUUUUUAUGCUUUAUUCACUCAUGGAAAGCCUUUGAUCGGAUUAAUUAUAGCAAACUUUUCCUUAUGUUGACACGGGGUGCUCACAAUUAUCCUUAUUCUUGCCAUCUAGGAUGCAAAGGAACUUGUUCACAUUAAAUAGGGUGGCUCACAGCUUCAUGUGUCGAUUAAAUGAGUCUGAAAAUAAUAUUCAAACGAAGUUAACAGACCCUACAAAUUACCUUAGAUAUAGUUCAAGCCACUGGCGCAAGAGCCUGUUUAUUGUGUAUGGAUAGCCUUCUUGAUGUUUUUUUUUUUUUUUCCUAGUCACUUUAUUACAAUGUCUCCUUAUGUACGGCUUUUUUUUUUGUUUUUUUGUUUUUUUUUUGUUUAAAUUAAUGGUGUGUGUGCGCUAUGGACUCACUGUGAGUUUCCUGAAUAACGAUCAUAUGUUUUCUUGUCGAACCUUAUUUUUUAUAUUUGUUGUUUUAAUCAUUUCUAUUUGUAAUGCUUAACUCAUUCACUCCCAGCCAUUUUCACCGCCCUUCCCUCCUGGCCCUUUUACUGGAUUUUGACUGAUUUUGCAAGGCCCACAGAAAAUUCUGUUCUAUUGCUAUAUAAACAUGGAACCCACCAAAAGAAAGAUUACUCUCUUCUUUCAGCAGGAAAAAAAUUAAUAUCUUUCCAUUCUUUAGAAAUCAGCAUUGGAAAAUAGCUUAUUUUGAGCAAUUUUCAAUUUCUGAUGAAAAAACAGAAAUUACGCUUUUUGUGAAAGCAUACAUUUCAAACAUAACUUUGACUUUAACACUGCUAUUUUUUUGCUUUUGUGACAUCCUAAACAUCUGAAUAAUGUUCUCCUUCUACAAAAUAACAUAAUAUGACAAAUAGAGCUUUUGAUAGCAAAGCAACAAUUUAUUUACACAUAACUCAGUUGACACUUUUGUGGCCGCGACAGCCGGGUAAACUUCUUCCUCAUCACCGCCUGUCUCAUAAAGAUGGAUUUUUUUUUUUGUCUCUGCGGGUUCUGCUCGGCAAGCAGCACGGACUCAACGGCAUCGUCUGCUGCAGUGGUGGUCCCGGUCGUUCUGCUUGGUCAUCCAGCGCCUGGCAUCCCGGGCGUCCUCUAGGUUGUUCUGCUCGGUCGUCUGCCGCCUGGCAUCCUGGACGCCAUUCGGUCGUCUUCCCCCGGCGCCCCGGCCGUGCGGCCCGGCUGUUCGUUGCCGUUGAAUCAGGUUGCGGGUCUUACCAAAUGCGCGACUGCCCUCCAUUGGCCAGUUUUAUUGCUUUAAAAUGGAUAUCAGCUUUGUGCUUUGGGGCUAAAUUGAAUCAGAACCCAGAGAUGUCUAUUGUUUAAAAAAAAAAAAAAUGUAAAAGACGUAGAAAUACCUCUUUUACCUAACCUGAAACAAUUAAAACGGACGUAUUCAUACGUUUUUGGAAGCAAGUGAGUUAAAAGUCAUGACAGAAAAACACACUAUUUCCAUUAUGUUCAUGACAGUGUUGUAUGAAGUAGUUCAAUUCAUUCAUUAAAUCAAGGCUAACUAUUUUACAAAGAUAGACCAAAAAGGAGGUUUAAGGAUGUAUGUUGAUAAAGAGGACAUGAAGGUAAUUGGUGUGAGAGCAGAGGAUGCAGAGGACACGACUGAUUCGCUGUGGUGACCUCUGAAGGGAAAAGCCAAAAGGAAUAGAAGACGGGUCAGACAUUUGCAUACAUUUACCUACCAUUUAUUUGGGAAAACUAAUGAGGUCAGGCAUCUCGUGAUUGAAUCAAUGCUUGUUUCUAACAAGAUUAUGGUUAGAUUUAUGUAAGUGCUACAUGUUUCACAAAUAAUUUGAAAUAUCAAAUUGGUUAAUCCACGUUCCCACGAUGACAAACAAAUACCCCCUCAAAAAAUUACAUUUCAUUUGAGCAUUUUCAAAUCAGUUUGGUCAUCAUCCAGACUACUCUGGCAUUAAAAUAGAUUUUUCUUAAAGCAGUUUUAUGAAGAAUUCAGUAUCUCGUGUGAAUGUAGAAUUUGAUGAACGGUGCAUAAAAUGUCCUCCAAUUCUGGAAUGACCCAUAUAGCAUGCAAGAUGUUCUCCCCAGAGCAUUUUGAUCCCAAGAACAGCAUGUUGCAUUUACUCAUAAAAUAAUACGGCCAAGGCAUUAAACAGCAUGGUUGUACUUAGUUAUUUUAUACCUCCUACCAUCUAGUGCAGGAGUCGGGAACCUUUUUGGCUGAGAGAGCCAUGAUCAUCACAUAGUUUUAAAUGUUGUUGAAUCCGGAGAAUUCAUUGUCAGUGGCGUAAGGCAAUGCGCACAAGCAAAAGGUAUAGAUAAAAAAGCUAACUCUGGAUAAGGUCGGCUCUUUUUCAGCCCUCGACACUCUGUAACUCUCUCUCUGUAACUCGAGAGAGUUGUGUUCGAACAGAUUCAGGUUUUUAUGAUGCAAAAUUCAGUCUGGAUUUCAGCUACAACACAGCACCGAGACCGUGCUUAUUAAAGUCCUAAAUGAUAUUCGUCGGAGUACCGAUGCAGGCAAAUCAUCUGUUCUGCUACUAUUGGAUCUCUGCGCCGCAUUCGACAUGGUUGAUCACACCAUACUACUCAGCAGAUUGGAACAGUGGGUAGGGCUUACUGACACUGUUCUUCAGUGGUUCACAUCUUAUUUACAUGAUAGGGAUUUCUUUGUGUCAAUCGGAAACCAUCAGUCAGAACGAACCAAAUUCACGUGUGGAGUCCCUCAAGGGUCAAUUCUUGGACCACUCUUAUUUAACAUCUAUAUGCUUCCCCGAGCUCAGAUUAUGGAACAGUAUCACAUCUCCUAUCACACCUAUCCAGAUGACAUAGAACUCUACAUUUCUGUGUCCCCACAUGAUUAUAGUCCCUUAGUCUCCCUGAGUUAAUGCAUUCAUCAAAUCAUUGAAGGGAUGUGAGAUAAUUUUCUCCAAUUAAAUGUGGAGAAGACAGAAGUGAUCAUUUUUGGGCCAAAAAAGGAAAGGUCACAGAUAUGCAGGCACCUUAGCACAAUGUCACAUAUACCCCUUUCCCACUGGCCAAAAACCCAUGUCAACCCACUAACAAUCGGCUUUUGGUGGCAGUGGGAAAGGUGCAGCGAUCCGCCUUGACCCGCGUUAAAAUCACCUUGGCUCUGAUCGUCAUGCAGUGUGAAGCAAAACCUCGGGUCAACAGUCAACACCCUAAUCUACGUGGUGACGUAGGUGAUGCGUCAUAACAACGUGCCAGUCGCCUCCCAUUUAACACGCCCCACAACCAUAGUUACGUUGAUGCUCACAACAAAGCUAGUAGAAGAAGAAGGAGCCAGUAGCGCACCACAUUGAACAACAUGUCUCAGCAUUGGAAAGAUGAUGAGACCUGCCAGCUCCUUUCCAUCCGUGGAGAAAGGAGACUGCCAUGUUGCUCCGCAUUGUUUACUUCCUUGAACUGAAUGAAUUCGCUCGCAUUUGUGACGCGCAUCUUAGCGUGGUGAUGUCACGUAACCUUAC